AUGCAAGUUGUUAUAAGUCGUCAUCCAUCAUUGCAAGAUUUUAAGUAUGUUAAUGAUAUAAGUAGUAUAUUAAUUGAACCACAAGAUAAAGAAGAACCUAUUUAUCAAGAAUUAAUUCAAAUCGAUCAUUUAAUAUCAACACCACCAAUAGAUCAUAUGAAUGAUGUUGAUGAAAAUAAAGAAAACCGUCCUCCAUUAAUGCCGAUUAAAUGUCAAGUAUCACGUAUACCUGUUUCGACACCAUCAAAUAAUAAAAAUAUUAAUACACCAAAGAUAUCAAGUAAAAGCAAGAAAAAUGAAGAAAUAAAGAGAAAAACAACAACUAAACAUAGUCUUACCGAUUUACUUGAUGAAUGGUCUCAUAUGGCACCUAAACUCAAAGAAUUAUUAUUAAGUACACGUAAAAUACCACUUCGUAUGCCUGAAUUGACAACGAAUAGUAUUGAAUUUCGUCGUCUUAAGCAAUUAUUAAACGAUAUGGAAAUGACAACAUCAUCAUGGACAAAUGCCAUUAAUCAAUGUCGUUAUGUUCUUCAACAUGCUCAACAACAAUUUCAUCGUUCAUAG